UCCAGGCUGACCCGGUUCUUGAUUCGCGCGUAGAAAUAGUCGACUCCCCUCGUCUGAUCAGUUUCAACUCGUACAUUGAUCGGACAACAGCUACAGACAAAAGGAUCAUUUCAUCAUCGUUUUCACAUCAGUCCCAGAUUUUUUCCUUCAUCAAGAUCUGCAUUUUCUCGGAGAUCCCUUCACUUUAAUUCCGUCGCUGAAGAAGAAAGAUGGUACGAGGAACUCUUGAAGUCCUUCUUGUCGGAGCUAAAGGCCUCGAAAACACGGAUUUUCUAAGCAACAUGGAUCCGUAUGUGACAAUCACUUGUCGUACUCAGGAGAAGAAAAGCAGUGUUGCAUCAGGAAAGGGAAGUGAUCCGGAGUGGAACGAGACAUUUGUGUUCGCGCUUUCUAAUGACGUUCCGGAGCUCCUGAUUAAGAUACUGGACAGCGAUGGCGUUUCUGGGGAUGAUUUUGUGGGAGAGGCAAAGAUUCCACUUGAGCCGCUGUUUGCUGAAGGAAGCAUCCCGCCGAUGUCGUACAAUGUCGUUAAGGACGAAGAAUAUUGCGGCGAGAUCAGAGUCGGGCUCAACUUCACUCCCGAGAGAGGCUGUGAGGAGGGAUUUGGUGAACAAGAAGAAAGCUAUGGUGGCUGGAAGGAGUCUUCAUAUUGAAGUUGAUAGUCAUCAGCUAUUUCUGAUUUAUUACCUCUUUGUGGCUCUGUAUUUGAACUGCAUUGGUAAUAAAAAUUGAGUUCUUUACCAUGUGAUUUUGGAA